AUGACUACCUUUCUAAAGAAGCCUCUCAAGCUAGCUCUUGUGCAGCUUGCUUCCGGUGCCGACAAGGCCGUCAACCUUUCGCAUGCCCGGAGCAAGAGUGUUUCAACUCUCCCUACGGCACACAAUAUUUCCCUAAAUACGCCGAGACGCUUCAUCCCUCCCCUCCCACGCAAGAACAAUCCCCCCUCGUUUCACGCGCUAUCGGCUAUCGCAGCCGAGGCCAACGCAUACCUAGUCGGUGGUAGUAUCCCUGAACUUGAGCCCUCUACGAAGAAGUACUACAAUACCUCUUUGGUAUUCUCGCCAACGGGCUCAUUGAUCGGUACUCAUCGCAAGACACAUCUAUUCGAUAUCGAUAUCCCAGGCAAGAUCACGUUUAAGGAGAGUGAUGUUCUCUCGCCCGGUAACCAAUUGACCGUGGUUGAUCUACCAGAAUAUGGAAAGAUUGGUCUGGCCAUCUGCUACGAUAUUCGUUUCCCAGAGGCUGCAAUGAUUGCUGCGCGUAAGGGUGCCUUCCUGCUUGUUUACCCGGGCGCUUUCAACACGACUACCGGGCCACUUCACUGGUCUUUGCUUGGUCGGGCUCGUGCGGUCGAUAAUCAGUCUUAUGUUGCGCUCUGUAGUCCGUCUCGGGAUCUGGAGUCAACAUAUCAUGCCUAUGGACAUAGUUUAAUUAUUGAUCCUAGUGCUAAGGUCUUGACGGAGGCGGAAGAAAAGGAGACGAUCAUCUAUGCGGAUUUGGAUAAUGAUGCUAUUGUUGACAUUCGCAAGAGUAUCCCUAUCUACACUCAGCGUCGAUUUGAUGUUUACCCCGAUGUGAGCGAGUCACAAUAG